AGUCAAUGUCUUAUUAUUAGUAUAACGAUUAAAAUUACCUACUGUGAUUAUUUAUUUAUUUCUCGUUGCAUUGCCUUCUUUUUGGAGUGUUUGUUUUUGUGCUUGUGAGUUUGUGUACCUACAUAUUUUUUAAAAUUCACAAUAGAUUUUUUUAUAAAUUUAUAGGCUGUAAAUAUAAAAUGGUUUAUUUACAUUUUCCUUCGAAUCUUACCGAAGAAGAAUUGAUGUUACAAGCCAAAUAUCAGAAGCUAAAGAAAAAGAAGAAAGCUUUACAGGCUUUGAAAGCUCCAAAACAAGAGCCUGAGAAGCCGAUAUUACCUAAGAGACCUACGGAAGCUAGGGACGCACGUGAGAUAGCUCGCAAGUUAAUAAAGAGCGGUGCUAUACAAGCUAUAAAAACUCCUCCACCUCCACCACAAAAUGCGACUUUCAAGAGGCCUCGAGCAGGCAGGGAGAGGAAACUCAGUGGAUCAGCUGGUACUGCAGGAGGGGUGGCAUCAUAUCAACCUUUCAGUGCUUCCCAAGAACCUCCACCACCUGAAGAAAAAACUGCUCCACGUGUGAAGUAUCUUUAUGAUUCCUUUGUCACUGCUAGGGAGAAAGAAGACAAAAGUCUCAGGCCUAAUGCUGGUGGGGACGCAGCUGCUACAAGUGGGGCUCGUUCUUCUACGUUGUGUGUUACUGGUAGCCAAAUAACUGAGGAAGUUAUUAGACGUCGACUCAAGACCUUUGAACCUUUCACUUAUACACAGGAGUCAGAUGAUGAUAAGGUAUUUUUAACAUUUGAUUCUGCUGAUAUAGCUGGGCAUGCUCAGACGGCAUUGGAUGGCAACGAGGAAGGUUGGCGUGUAAGCACUGCUCGCAGACCACCCCAGACCGGGGCAUGGGCUCCUGCGGCAUCCCCUCGAAAUGCCCCUCCACCUAAAGAUCCUAAGCGCACCUUAUUGACCUAUGACGACAUUUUUGAAUAAAUUAUGGGUAGUAUUUAA